UCACAGUCGCUAUCGAAGCUUCGCGCAAACCACGCAUACAAACUUUCUCCACGACCAGAAGCCUGCCUUGCGACUUGAGUUGCCAAGAAAUGUUACAAUUAUGACUGUGAAAUACUUAGGCUCCAGCCAGGCUGGAGCCAUUCCCAGGCGCCGCUUGCCCGCCGGUGGAGGGCUCGUCGGCCAGGCGAUCCCGGGCGCCUCCCUGCCGCGAAAGUCACCUACGCUAUCAGCUGCGAGUGGAUCGUCAGUAGCGGCUGCUAUCUUGGGCUGCUAUGCGCCGCGCGGGGCGACGUUUACACAUCGGACCAAACCUCUGGGAGCGCUCCUCGUUGCUGCAGCCACCUCCAGCAAGACUGUACAGCGUGGGCAGUCUGAUGUAUCCGAAGGAGCAGUAUUCGCGAGGCGACCCAAGUCGCUGCUUGAAGCGCAGGACGAGGCGAGGGCCCUUCAAAACAGGCUAAAAAGCGGGACUCGUGGCAUUACGGGUGGAGAGUGCAACAAGGUCUUGAGAGCGCUCUGCCAGGCUGGGGAGCGGUGGCGCGACGUGGUGCAAGUCUACAACGACCUGCGUGGCGCGGGUGUGCAGCUUGACCUGGCCUCGUACCGUAUGCUCAUGGACGCAGCAAUUGAGGCCAAGCAAGGCCUGGACGUGGUGGAGCUGCUCCGGCACUGCGAGGAGGCGCACGGCCCCGCGCCGCCGCCCCUCUACUGCUCCCUCAUCUCCCGCCUGCUCAAGCAUCCGGGGCGCGGCACGCCCGCCAAGCAGGCCGCGUACGGCGUGUGGCGGGCGCUGCGUGCCUCCGGCCAGCGCCUGGAUCAGGUGGCCUAUCGCACCGGCAUGAACCUGUGCGUGGAGCUGGGGCACAUUGGCGAGGCGAGGCGGCUGAUGGACGCCAUGCGAGUCGCGGGCUUCCGGCCCGGCUGGGGUGCCUACCACAUUCUCAUGAAGUACCACGCCUCUCGCGGAGACAUGGAUGGCGCGCGGCGGCUGUUCGCGCAGCUGCGGGCGUACCGGGGCGGCAAGCCGCUGGAAAUCUCGGCCUACAACACGCUGCUGUGCGGCUUCGUGCGCGUGGGUGACCUGACCAUGGCGCGGGCCGUGCUGGACAAGGCGCGGCGCGAGGGCGCGCGGCCGGAUGCCGUCAGCUACAGCGCCUACGCGGCGGGACUGGCGGCGGUGGGGCGGCUGGACGAGGCGGAGGAGCUACUGGGAGAGAUGGCGGAGGCGGAGGGGCUACGGCCGGGGGCGCACGUAUACGGAGCAUUGUUGGACGGCAGUGUGCGAGUGCAUGACUGGGCACGUGUGGACCGGCUCCUGAACCGCAUGCGGAGUGAGGGCCUGCGUCCCAACCUGGCGCACUACAACAUCCUCAUUCGCGGCCGCUGCUACAGCUCCCCCGGAUACGGCGGCGCCCUCAGCUAUGCCGCUGCCGCCGCGGUGGCCGACCCCGACGGUGGCGGCCUCGGCGUCCCAGCGCCCGCAGCAACGGAGCUCAACGGCAACGGCAGCAGCAGCAGCCACGGCAGUAGCAUGGGGAGCGGCAUCGGUCAUGGGCAUGGCAGUAGCCACGGCACGAUGAACGGCGCAACUGUUGUAAACGGUGCUGCGGUGGCGGUAAAUGGCGCUGUGGGCCAUAACGGUGUCAACGGCAGCAGCACCGCCACCAGCCACGGUCAUGUCGGAGCGGUGGUAAAUGGCAGUGUCCACGCCGGCUCCAGCCAUAACGUCUCCGCUUCCGCAUUUGCGCCAGUCAUCCUGCCCAACGGCCUGAACGGCAGUAGCAGCCCCAGCCCGUCGACCUCUUCAUCCAGCAACGGCACCGCCGCGCCAGCUGACGACCUCUCCAGCAUCAUGGACUUUGGGGCCAUCAACGGCAACAGCACCCCCAACGGCGGAACCACCGGCACAAACAGCACCAGCACGAACGGCAGCAGCAACACCACUACCGCCAGCAGCAGCUUUAGCGCCGGCGCCGCGGCCUACGCCUACACCUCGGGUGUGGGCGGCUUGGCGGGCGAGCAUGUGGAUGCGUUGAUCGCGGAGAUGCGGGCGGCCGGGCUGCGGCCUGACGCCGUGACGUACGGCACCCUCAUCCACGCAGCUGUUCGCAGCGGCAGCGUGGACGGUGCGCUAGGGGUGCUGAGCGCGAUGCGGCUGGAGGGCGUGGCCCCUGACGCAGCCGUGUUCACCAGCCUCAUGAAGCUGUUCCGGGGGCAGGGCAUGCAGGCGCAGGCGCUGGAGUUCUUCCAGCAGCUGUCCGGCAGCCGCUCCGCCGUCGUGGACGUGUGGAGCCUCACCUGCCUCACCGCCGUGCACGCCAGCGGCGGCAACAUGGAGGAGGCGGAGGGCGCGGCGCGGCGCGCACACGAGUUGGCGGCGGAGCAGGGCCUGCCGCCGCCGGUGGAGGCAGCGUACGCACUGGUGCAGGGCUACGGCCAGCAGCGGCGGCUGCGCAACGCGCUGUUGGCCUUCCGCCGCUUCCUGGCGUCCGGUGGCCGGCCGCACCGCAAGCUGUGCGAGUACACCUACCGCCUGUGCCUGGCGCACUUUGACUUCGCCGCCGCCGGGCAGGUGCUGCGGGCCAUGCGGCUGAUGCGCGGUCUGCCGCUGCGGGAGGAGCUGUACCGGCAGCAAUGGGAGGAGGCGCAGAAGCGGAUGCAGGCCCGUCGCCCGUCGGUGGCAAGCGGUGGCGGCAGCUUUGGUGGCAGCAGCGGCGGCGCCAACGCUGGCGGAGACUUUGCGGCGGCUGUGGCGGAGAAAUGGAAGUGGUGGUUCGGCCUUCCCAACAAGUAUUACGAAUCAGAGUGGAAGUAGCUAGUUGUAGAUAGGUCGAGAAGGGCGGACGCUCGUAGGCUUAUGGUUCGUGGGCCUCAGGGUCAAAUUCCCCGCUCUGCGGAGUCGGGCUGCAUUGGGCUGUACGGCUGUAGUCACAGGGGCAGGGGGUACUGAGGUCGCAGCGUACACGUUAUGGGCUGUAGCACACGGAAGUGCAGCCUAUUGAGGGUGUAGCGGCAACACGCAUUCCAGGCAGAGCGUGUGGAGUCCAGGCAGAGAUCGAGCGACUUACAAACAUUACAGAACUCAUGCGCCGCCAUGCGGGGCAGUGCAGGGUGGGUUGUGUCAGUCAGGUAGGCAGGCAUUUUUGCGGGCUUCAAGGCGUUGUGGUCGUCGGGGCUUGGGCGGCUGCAGCACGAGGCUGUAGGGCCUCAUCCAUUCAGAGCGCGCGGCAGCUGAACAGCCGUUGUUGUGUACCGUAUGACAUAUGUGUAUGUGAGAGGGUUUGGGUGGUGUGAUGGUGAUGUGUUGGUGAUUAGAAUGAAAUCGGGUGAGCUAGAUCCGCGCGUCCAAGCUCCUUAUCCUUCUCCCUCGUCUGGAUCCGAGGGAGUCAUGCCCAUACUAAGCCCUAUGGUGUGCGCGAGGAACAGGAUUGCGGAAACCGGGUAGGGACUAGGCCGUGCAUGGAUGCCGUGAAAGGAGGGGCCUCUUGAAGGCUGUGCGGCUGGUGGCCGGACGCAGGAGGCGGCAGGUCCAAGACAGAGCCACAGACGGUGGCUAUGUCAGUGCGCGCAAUAUGAGAGCCAGAGUGCGCUGUAACCCUGUGACGCU